AUGGAGGUGGUGCCCAUGAUGAAUGUGAGGGUGGUGAUGGAGGGAGUGGGGAUGAGCAUUCCCAUUGAUUACAACAUUCUGUUGUGGAAGAUCAUCGUAGCUUUCGGUGUCCUCUGCGAUGCUGUUGUUAGAGCUGAUGCUAGCGGAGAUCUGAGCCGGGGUCACGCUCGUUAUCUGGAAGCCACUUUUCUUUUUCAUUUGAGUUCCGCCUGGCGCAAGAGGCUGUGCCUGCAGCUGAGCCUGCGAAAGGAGGUUCAGGCUUUGUGGAGGCGGAGGCUGUGGUCCCGACAGAGAAGAUGCUGCAGGAGGUGGCGGCUGGAGCAGCGACGGAGGCGGAAAAUCCUCGGAAGAUGGGGCACUACUACCAACGCCGGUACCUGCUGCACUGAGAGCAGAGGCGCUGCCACCACCACUGCCCCUUCGAGGCAACAUUGCCGGGUGCGCCAUCUUCCUAGCACUAAUGUCUGCAGCGGCCGAGGCCGCGGCCGCGGCGGCGGUGGACUCGGGCGGCUGGUGCAUUGUGCUGGGUACCGGGGGGCGGAGGAGGCGAGUGCAAUUUCCUUCGGCACCGUAAUCUUUGUAUGCAAGACGCCGAGGAGGAAAACGGGACCUGACGCUCCGCCCGGCGCGAUUCCUCCUCCUCCUCCUUCUCAGCCGAAGGCGCUGGCCGCUUCUGCCUUCGAGGGCGAGCUUCGGGAAGGGAGGAUGAACGAGGGUGAACAGAACAGCCGGGGACCCGAAGGGGGGACCCCUUCAGUCCUUCGCCAUUCACUUUCCCCUCUAGCCUCACACCCCCCUUUAUAUUCCGCUUCACGUGGGGUGCGGGGAAGGAGGGAGGGGAAGACCAGGGGAGGGGGGAGGCUAGGGGAGGGGGUGGGAAAGCCGAGAAAUGCCCACCUUCUCCGGACAACUCCGAAGCCACCUCCACCCCUCCUCCCGCCGCGGCGGCGGCGGCCGCUGCAAAACCCUCCCGGUCGCUCUGCACGAAGGCGGCGGCGCCGAGCGAGUGUCGCCUUCCCCUCGCCACCCCCAGCCCCGCCGCCGCCGGCGAACCCUGAGCUCACUGUGGCUCAAACCUCCCCUCCCGGCCCCGCCGGCCCCGCUCGGCCCUCCCCCCACGCCCUGCGGACCCUUUCAAACCCCCUGGGCUCGAGGCGGCUGCUCCGUGAGGAAACGCUGGCCGCGGCUGAGGCCGGCGCGGCGAGGCUCGAAGCGGGGCGGCGGCGGGGCGCCGGGUACGGUGAGCCCAGCAACGGGGCGCGGGCGGGCGCGCAGAGACGCCGGGUCCUCGCGGAGCACGGCCGGGGCGCGGCGGCGGCGGUGGCAGCGGGAGCCCAGGGACCUCUCCAUCACUGGCAGCCAUGGAGCCCGAGCAUUUUCCUCCCUCUGGGCAGGCGCCUCGGCUCGGCACACGUCCUCGGGGAGGAAGGGGCCGGCGCCCGAGCCUCCCCGGAGGGCGGCGGGACGUGCGCUAGCGCCGACGAUGCGAGCCGCUCUAGUCCUCUUCCUCUGCAGCCGGUUCGUCCGCACCCCGCUGCUCCCGCGGUCCGGGCGGGAGGGGGCCGCAGGCGGCGGCGGCGACUCCUUUCUCGGCGGCGUUGGUGGCCAGAGGGGCUGCUGCAGCGACUGCAGCCGACGCCGUUCAAAGGAACGAGAGCAUCACGAGUUUCAGUUCCCAGGAGUCCGCCGCCGCCACGACAUGAGUCAGGCUUUCUUCCUCGGCGCGUGGAGGAGCCCUCCUCCUCCUCGCCGCACCUGGGCUCGACCCCGGCCCGCGCGGCCCUCGCCCCCUCGGAGGAUGCCCCAGCGCUCGGAGCCGCAGGGUCCGCGAAAGGCCGGUGGCUCCUCGGGAUAGACGCUCCCUUUUGUGCGGCGCAGUUGCAGCUGCCAUGCGGUCGCCUCGCCUUUCGACGGCCACGAGCUAGCCAGCCCGGCAGAUAUUGCAGCUGUUUGCAGUUAACUGCCUGAGCUCUUCUCUGGAGAGGGAGCGCUUGCAAUCCGUCGUUACCUGGAGGGAAGCAGUAGCCCGGCCUAGUAAAUAACUGACCUCAACAGGUGGAGCUUAUCUCCAGCAGGGAUAGCAUUUAGUUUAAUUGUCCAGGCUGUAGCCUGCAUAGGUUUGACUUAAAAGACAAACUGGCCUAGUCAUGGUGGCAACACGAUGAUCAAUGAAGACUACCCUUUAGGGUUAGAAAAGAGAAAGAACCAUCUGCAAUUCCAGUUUAAAAAAUAAUAAUAAAACCUGCAUGGAUCUGAGCAUGGUGCUACAGAAGGAAUGUUAGGUUUGAUGGGAGGCAGUUUACUGGAAGUUGCUUCCCUGGCAUCACACGUCAAAACAUUCUAGCUCUAAGCAUUGUUUACUACUAGGCGAGAGUGUACUUCUCGCCCAGGAAUUAAAAAACAACAAAGUAUUAUAAUAUAGAAAACCCUAGGGAGAAAUGUGGUUUUAUUUCAACUUAGGUUGUUGAGAAACUGAACGUUUAUGGUUAGACCUAUGCUUCAGUAAGUCUCACAGACUUCCAGAUCUACAAUCCUAUUUUGAGCUUAUUAAAACAUAAAUGGCAUAAUUGUCGAUUCAACACGUUACUUUAGGUUUCUCUAGACUUUUCCCCUCAUUCUGUCCCCCAAGAGGUUAGGAAUAUCACCAUUCUAUUACUGAAUAGAAACGCACCCUCAACACCCCCGUAUAGCCUGUAUCAAAGUUUUGCUAUAUUGCUUUUUCUGUGGUGUCUCCCACUAAACCCAAAAGGUAGGACUACGUGUUUUUAAUGUGGAGUUCUGGAGUAGGUACAAAGUAGAUGCUCACAAAUAUUGAAAAUGACAUGGUAGUAAAAAUAAAAUUCACUUGAAAAGACCGGACUUGGUUUAUGUUACUUAUGAAUUAAUACAUGAUGACUGGGGUUUUUUUACAUAACUAUGGCCAUUUGUGUAUUUUACAAAAAUAAUUUCUUUUUUAAUGUUACAACAGCUUUUGUUGCAAGAAAUACACCUGAUUAAUGGCCGCCAUUCAUUGUUGAAAUGCAACUCUGACAUGCUUUUUUCAACAGUUUUUGAACGGAAAAUAGGAAGUAUCCUAAUGAACUGAAACUGCAAUAGAAUUUAGUAGGGCAAAAUGUGUUUGUGAGCUAGUGUGAAAGAAAAUGCUCUAGAUAUCUCAAAAUCUUGCCUUAGGUCAAAAUUUUAAAUUACCCGAAACAACAGCCCAACACCCCCUGGUGUGUUGAGCUAAAUACCUGCCGCCUAAAUACCAACUAUGAUAGGGUUUGAAGCAGAAGAAAACCAUGUAAUAAAGUCUUCCGGACUUCCUUGGUGGUGCAGUGGUUAAGAAUCCGCCUGCCAGUGCAAGGAACACGGGUUCGAGCCCUGGUCCGCGAAGAUCCCACACGCCGUGGAGUAACUAAGCCCGUGCGCCGCAACUACUGAGCUUGCUCUCUAGAGCCCGGGAGCCACGACUACUGAAGCCCACGUGCCUAGAACCCGUCCUCCGCAACAAGAGAAACCACCGCAAUGAGAAGCCCGCGCACCACAAUGAAGAGUAAACCCCGCUCUCCACAACUAGAGAAA